AUGCAAUCCCUCAACUCGUUCUGCACACCUCUUCGCGCAGUAUGGACUGUGAACAAUGAGCCUACCGAGACAUUGUGGUGGCCAGUCAAAGAAUCAUCAAAAAAUAGCUACAAGAUUGUCUUAUUCUUUAUACCUGGUAAUCCAGGCUUAGUAGAAUAUUAUACCCGAUUCUUGGAAGAUAUUUAUCAAACAACAGAAUCGAAACUAGAAAUUUAUGGUGUAUCUCAUCUCGGGCAUUCUGUUGGUCAUCAUAGCGAGAUUCCCAAUAAAGUAAAAAAAGACGAGCCUUAUUCUCUUCAGGAACAGAUAGAUCACAAGAUAGCAUGUUUUGAUGAAUUGUGUGCCAAUAAGCCUCCGAACACACAUUACAUACUUAUGGGACAUUCAAUGGGUUCUUAUGUAUGCGCUGAAGUACUGAAGGCCCGACAGACAGCAAAUAUUGGUCGCCUUAUCGCUCUUUUUCCAACUCUUCGUGAGAUUGCUCUCACACCCAAUGGUGUGGCUAUGACUCGUCUAUUAUCCUCCAUUCCGUUGGGCCUCAUUUCCAAUGCUGCUUCACUGGCAUCUUAUAUCCCUUCUCCUAUACGCCAGGCAAUUACUGGACUUGUAACUGGCCAAACAGAGCCAUGUGUACGCGUCACAGCCCAUCAGUUAAUGAAUGGGUCCGUGGUCAAGAAUGUAAUCCACAUGGCCGUUCAGGAGAUGGAAACCAUCAAGGCUCUUGAUCAUGAUUUUUAUGACUCGCAUGUAGAUAAGUUUAUUAUCUAUUACUCUAAAAACGAUCAAUGGGCACCUGAAGACCAUUUUGAGUAUAUGAAAGAGAAAUUUCCAAAAGCGCAAAUUCAUCUCUGUCCAGAGAAUUUGCCUCAUGCUUUUAUACUAGAGUCUGGCCAUUCACAGUAUAUGGCUAAGAAGGUAGUUACAUGGAUUGACGAGUAUAGUGAAUAA